UCUACCUGCGCCCCCGUACACCCCCCCCCAGCCCGGCCCCCUGCCCGGCCCCCGGACCCCCCGCCCGGCUGCGGGCAUCAUGCCCCCGGCGCUCCGGAGAUGAGGCUCCGACAUGUCUCCUUCCUGACGGCGUUGUUGUUCGGGCUGUGCGGGCUGGUCUCCCUGUCCUGGUACACCGCCUUCAGCAGCUCCAGAGGAGAUGUGGUGGACGUCUACCAGAGGGAGUUCCUGGCGCUGAGGGAGCGGCUCCACUCCGCCGAGCAGGAGAACCUGCGGCGCUCCAAGGAGCUCAACCUGGUUCUGGAGGAGAUCAAGCGGGCCGUCGCCGAGAAGCAGGCGCUCAGGGACAUCAACCGGACCUGGAGCAGCCUCUCGGAGGAGACGAGGCUGAAGCUGUGGAACGUGAGCAGCAGCAAAAACGUGCUGCAGCUUCCCUCCAUCUUCCAUCACCUCCCUCACCUGCUGAGCCGAGAGGACAGUCUGCAGCCCGCCGUGCACCUGGGACAGGGACGCACCGGAGUCUCCAUGGUGAUGGGCGUCCCCAGCGUGAAGAGGGAGGCCCACUCCUACCUGACCGACACCCUCAGCUCGCUGAUGUCGGAGCUCAGUGCCGCCGAGAAGGACGACUGCGUCAUUGUGGUCCUCAUCGCCGAGGCUGACCAGCAGUACGCCACCACCGUAGCAGACAACCUGAAGCGCCUUUUUCCAGCAGAGAUCCAGUCCGGUCUGCUGGAGGUCGUCUCGCCGUCCGUCCACUUCUACCCCGACUUUUCCCAGCUCCGCGAGUCCUUUGGAGACCCGAAGGAGCGAGUCAGGUGGAGGACGAAGCAGAACCUGGACUACUGUUUCCUGAUGAUGUACGCUCAGAACAAGGGAACCUACUACGUUCAGCUGGAGGACGACAUCGUGGCGCGGCCCAACUUCUUCACCACCAUGAAGAACUUUGCGCUGCAGCAGCCGUCGGAGGAAUGGAUGAUCCUGGAGUUCUCCCAGCUGGGCUUCAUCGGGAAGAUGUUCAAGGCCCUGGACCUGCCGCUCAUCGUGGAGUUCAUGCUGAUGUUCUACAAGGACAAGCCCAUCGACUGGCUGCUGGACCACAUCAUGUGGGUCAAGGUCUGCAACCCGGAGAAGGACGCCAAACACUGCGACCGGCAGAAGGCCAACCUGAGGAUCCGCUUCAAGCCGUCGCUCUUCCAGCACGUCGGAACUCACUCAUCUCUGGCGGGAAAGAUCCAGAAGCUCAAGGACAAGGACUUUGGGAAGCAGACGCUGCACAAGGGCCACGCCAACCCGCUGGCGGAGGUGACCACCAGCCUGAAGACCUACCAGCACUUCACCCUGGAGAAGGCCUACCUGGGGGAGGACUUCUUCUGGGCCUUCACCCCCGUGGCCGGGGACUUCAUCCGGAUCCGCUUCUUCACGCCCGUCCGGAUCGAGAGGUUUUUCUUCCGGAGCGGAAACAUCGAACAUCCAGGAGACAAACUCUUCAACACGUCUGUGGAGGUCCUGCCCUUCGAUAACAUCCAGGCGGAGAAGCAGGUCCUGCCGGAGGGGCGGGAGAAGACGCCCCGGUUCCACCGGACCGAGGACGGCUUCAUCCGUAUCGGAACCUUCCAGGGCGGCGUGGCGGAGGGCGAGGUGGACGCAUCCUUCGGGCCCCUGGAGGCCAUGAGGCUCUCGGUGGUGACGGACUCGCCGGUCUGGGUGAUCCUCAGCGAGAUCUUCAUAAAGAAGGCUGAGUGAAGCUGGUCUCCCUCAGACCCCUGGGUCCAGCUAUCCCCCCGGACCUGGACCCGGACUUGGACCCCACCGCGGUGCGGUGGCGCCCCCGUGUGGCCGGCCCCUGCCGCUGCGGGCCGGAAACCCCUCGGACCGACGGACGGAGCUGGACCUCCUCCUGAAUGUGACGCUGGCGACCGCCGAGGCCCCGCCCCCUGAAGCCCCGCCCCUCCCACCUAGCCCCGCCCCCACUCUCUCCACCAAUGAGAGUUGCCUUAACGAAGACUGAGCAGAUCAGAAACGUAGCGUCCUCCAAUACCCAGAAUCCUUUGCUGCAGCCUCGGACCUGCUGCAUCAUCGUGGCUCAAAACUACUGAUAAAGACAGUUUUAUAAGUCCUUCAGAGGCCUUGUUGCUGUAGUACUCUGUAGUACUCUGCAGUACUCUAGUACCAGUACUCUGUAGUACUCUGCAGUACUCUGUAGUACUAUGUAGUACCUGUAGUACUCUGCAGUACCAGUACUCUCUAGUACUGUGUAGUACUCUGUAGUACCUGCAGUACUCUGAGGUACUCUGUAGUACUCUGUAGUAUUCUGCAGUACUCUGCAGUAC